AAUAGCCGUAACGUAAGGAGGGACAGAGAGGUGAUCGUGCCUUUGACUUGUGAGCCGAGAUACACGCAACGGUCAUUGUAUUCGUUUGUUUUGGUGUUUUUGUCGUUUUUGUUUUUGAGGCCAGAGAGGAGCAGAUCUAGUUCGCCCUCAGAGCCGAGGAAAUGGGGAAGAGCAGGGGCCCUGACCAUCCCAACUUCCAGAAAUACGGCGUGCCGUUCUAUUCAGCCGCUUGGGUUCCGUACAAGAACAUCACACUCGAGCACGAACCCCAAGGCCAGGAGCAAGAUACCAACCAAUCCAGCGAUGAAAUUUCCGUAGGUGACGGAUCGUCUGCGGCUCCGGAAUCCUCCGCCGCUCUGAACUACUUUGUUUUCGCCGGUGGCGGCGGAGAGGGUCGGAGUGGAAUCCCGAACGCUGUCGUUCUCGCUCGAUUCGAUUCCACAUCUAAUGCUCUCUCCGACCAGCCAGUGGCUAAGCUUGGAACUGGCUCUGAUUUGCCUUAUAGAAUGGCGGUUCAUCCUGGUGGAGAUGGCCUCAUUUGUUCAUUGCCUAAAAGUUGCAGAUGGUUCGAAUGGGAUGUUGAAAAGAGUACUGAAGUUCAUAAAUUGUGUCUGAAGCUUUCUGACAAAGUGCUCACCCAGUUGGAAGAUGUUGGACAGCAAUUGGCAUUGGUGUUUAACAAUGAGGGUUCUGCACUUGCUGCCGGUGGCGAGGAUGGCAAUUUGAGGGUCUUUAAAUGGCCUAGCAUGGAAAUUGUUCUCCAUGAGGCUGGUGCUCAUACUACUCUGAAGGACUUGGAUUUCAGCUCUGAUGGGAAAUAUCUUGUCUCAUUGGGAAAUAGUGGCCCUGCAAGGGUUUGGGAUUUGACUUCCUCAACGGUCAUAGCUUCUCUUCCAAAGGAAAAUGACGAGGUUUUUAGCUCAUGCAGAUUUGCUGAGAGUAAUGAUAAGAAUCAGGUUCUAUAUAUUGCUGCAGUGACUGGUAAAGGUGGGAGCAUUGUGACAUGGAAUACAUCCACAUGGAAGAGGAUGGGAUCAAAGCCUGUAGCUCGUGACACAAUUUCUGCCUUCAAUGUUUCACCAGAUGGAAAGCUCCUUGCCUGUGGAACGACUCAAGGUGACAUUUUGAUUUUAAAUUCGACUGGUUUGUGGGUUCAGACAAUGGUUAGGAAAGCACAUCUUGGCUUUGUUACUGCCCUGGCAUUCUCUCAAGACUCAAGGACUUUGGCUUCUGUAUCCCUGGACUCAAGUGCAAGGGUGACAAUUAUUGAUGACAAGAAGAAAACGGGAGGAUUGAGCUUAUGGGUCGUUGUGUUAAUUAUUCUAGUUGCUGUUGCUGUAUAUUUUGCGAAGAAUGAAGGAAUCUUUCGCUAGAACUUGCAGUUUUGUACGGUUCGAAUGAGGAAACUGUAGCAGUAGAACUGUCCAAAGCUUUUUAAAUUUGCAUAAGACUGAUUUAAAGCUUAUAAUAUAAUCUCCAUAAUGUGUUCAA